GGUCUCUGUCCACUCACUAAACAGGUUACCUCGUACCAGCAUGGACGAGGCAGCUUCGAGCGAGUGCAUCUACAACCUACUGCCCCGUGCCGAAGAGCCACCCCGUCACCGGCUCAAGUAUCUUUCAAAACAACGGAAAAUGGUACAAGAUGAAUGGAAUAGUAAGAAGUCUUCACACAAAACAAUGGGUUUACCUAAGGUUGAGCCUCCUUGCCCAAAGCAUCAUCUGUUGAAGCAUUCCAAGGAACAAAAGCUACCAGAAAGAAAACCUUACAAAGUCCCUGUGGAUGGAAUAAAAACCUCGAUUCCAUCUGAAAAGCCACUUAUGGGACUCCAGACCAAAAAAAAUUUUAUUGAAGCCAAUGUAGCUGAAGUCAAGAUGUCAGUGCCGAAGAAACCUGUGCCCAUCUAUGUCGAUACCAGGAGAGGAAAUAAAAACUUAUUGGAACCAUCAGGGCUUCUUCCAACCCUCCUGUACAGAAAGGGCUAUGGUAAAGUACCAGAUUAUAUAAUCAAGCGGAAUGAAGAGGAGAAGAAAGCUCAAGAAGAAUAUGAUGCUUAUGUAAAGGAGCGUAUUCGGCAAGGCUCAAUGAAGAUGUUAUCUGAAGAGGAGAGAAAUGAUGUGUUAACGGGACUGAAGCAGAACUGGGAGGAACUAAAUCGUGAAUUUCAAGGUCUUUCAAUAUUGAUAGAUACUCUUUCCAAGCAACACCAUAAACAAAAUCUUGAAGCCAAAAUGAAAAAACUCGAGCAAGACAUUAACCUGAUAGAAAGACAUAAAUUUAUAUAUAUUCCACAACACUAAAGAAUAGCGUAUGUUUUGAAAAAAGUAAACUGUAUUGUAAAAUGCACCCUGUUACCUUUUGAUCCUCAUAACUUGUCAUAUACAUUCUGCCUAUAGUUUUCAUAUUCAGACAAUGUAUGUAUGUAAGUGCAAAAAUGGAAAUAUUGUUGCAACAAGACUACAAUCAAAUGCAUUAUUAUCACAAAUGUUUGCUAUUAUUUCUUUGACAUAGAAUUGUUUAAGGUAACAAAGAAACAAUUUUCUGUGUUGUGUAAAGAUGCUAAGUACUCAUUCUAUAUCAAGAAUAUUGGUUUUCUUGAGAAGCUAUCAAUGGAGUUGAAUCUGAAUCUAUCAUUUCAAACUUAAUAGUUUAAAAUUUACUUAGAAAAAUUACAUCAAUGACAGAGUAAUAUAGUUGAAUAGUAAGUUAAUAGGAGUUGGCCACACAACAAAGCAUUGAAAAGUAUCAUCACACUCUGCAAGGAUACUAUUGUAACAUUGCACUUCAAGAUAUAAAUUGAUGAACAAUUGCAGAGAAGCAUUAAGAAUAUAUUAAAAGGAAACCAUUGCAAAUGUAUUCUACAUCCAUAUAAUAUGAACAAAAUAAACUGCAGGAAAAAAAUGUGCCUUCAGUAGAUUUCCUAGUCUUAGUCCACAUUGUUCUUGUUUAAAGGCAAAUCUUGCAAAGUAGCUGGUAGAUUAUGACAGUAAAUAGUGAAUUUAUUUGGAAAACACAACAUUCAAUAAAUUCUUGGAAGUCCCUCACUGUACCUGAUUGAAUUUGUUUGGAUGGUACGACAGAAAGUUGCCUUCAGCUUUAAAAAUACUAGUGAACUAAGUGGAUGUCGAAUGGUGCAUUAUGUUACAGUCUUUCUUCUGAACAAAACUUUCUGGAUUCAGGACCUAACACAGAAACUUGAAUACAAAAUUUAGGCUUGAAUACCAAAUUCAACAUUGUUCUGAGACACACUGCGGACAGCAUAUUUUUAACUAGUAUUUUAAACAGAAAACUUAUUUGACCUCAAUUAGACAUGACAAUAUUUGUUCA